CUGCGGUACAGACCGAAUGCUCUUGGAGGCGAUAGACUACUGCUUACAGCUAUACCGUGAAUAACGGCCAGCCCGUGCUACCCCCUCCGUCCAAGGACAAGGAUAUUUUGAUCACACGGCGAAGAUCUGAUGGUGUGUUGGAGCCGCUUGCAGAGGGAGGCGAUAGAUUACCGUUUAACGGCGCCUGUGGAAUUAAUCGUGGUUAUUUAUCUGGAGCAGAUAACGGGACAGAAUGCGCGCGUGUGAUGCGGCCGAGCGCGCGCUCUGCGCCGCUGCAGUAUCCGAUCAGAGGCGCGUGAGCCCUCAGCUGCUGGUCGACCGUCGAUUCAUUGUGUUGUUUUGGUGAAUAUGUGUCGAAUAGAAAAUGAAAAUGGUGCUGUAAACAAACAAAGAGCGUGCUUAUAUAUAGUUGUUAUAAAGCAUAUAUGUUUAUAAGUAUCUGUUAAGGGGUUUUGUAAAUGAGCCAGCGCAGAAUGUCUGCGUCUCUACAGCGUUUAUAAACAGGUCGGAUAGCCGCUGCCCGUCAGGAUGGCAUCCGGUGCUGGAGGGGGCCUCGCGCCCACGAAACAGUUCCCGUACUUGUGUGAGGAGUCUACUCAGGGUUUGAAAUCUAAGAGCCUCCCGGUGCUCAGCGACAGUCAGGCUCCGGAGCAGGACGCGGAUCAGACUCUGCUCUCUGCCCCGCACAGCUCGCCCCGGUGCGGCUCCCCCGUCAGGACAGAGUGUCGUGAGCCGGAGGGUCGCGGCGUUGCUGCGCUCUUUACAUUCCGGCUGCCGCCGGUGCCGGUGAGGCGCUAUGUGGACGUGAUCCUGUCGGACUCGCGCUGCUUUCUGUUCUGCAUGUGUUACCUCACCUUUAUUCAGUCUCUGAUGGUGUCCGGCUAUCUCAGCAGUGUCAUCACCACCAUAGAAAAGCGGUACAGUCUGCGGAGCUCAGAGUCGGGUCUGCUGGUCAGCUGUUUUGACAUCGGUAGUCUCUUCGUUGUGGUCUUCAUCAGCUACUUUGGUGGGCGGGGUCAGAGGCCGCGUUGGCUGGCAGUAGGGGGCGUGUUCAUUGCCGUGGGUGCCGCCCUCUUCUCCCUACCUCACUUUAUCUCUCCGCCAUAUCAGCUGGAAGAGCUGAACAGCACAGUAGGAGGAGAGGGGCUCUGUGCCAGUGGGAAUGGCAGCGGACAGGAGAGGCCGGCACUGUCCAGGUGCCAGCGGGACAGGGAGGAGAGUGAGCACGCCCUGUAUGUGGCGCUGUUCAUCUGCGCUCAGAUCCUCGUGGGAAUGGGAUCGACUCCCAUAUACACCCUUGGACCAACUUACCUGGAUGACAAUGUGAAGAAGGAGAAUGCAUCCCUGUACCUGGCUAUCAUGUAUGUAAUGGGAGCUCUUGGACCAGCCGCUGGGUAUCUGCUGGGUGGGAUUCUGAUCGGAUUCUAUGUUGACCCCGGGACCAUUGUCAAUAUUGACCAGAGUGACCCACGGUUUGUAGGAAACUGGUGGAGUGGGUUUCUCCUGUGUGCUGUGGCGAUGUUGUUUGUGAUCUUCCCCAUGUUUUCCUUCCCUAAAAAACUUCCACCGCGGCACAAGAAAAGUAAAAGACGUGUAAAAAAGGGUGCAGGUGAUGUCUCCAGCGAUGACGAGAUGAUGAAGGAAAAGAGCCAGGCUGUCUCGUCCUCCAUGGGUUUUGGCAAAAAUGUCAAAGAUUUGCCAAAAGCAGCAGUGCGUAUAUUGAGCAACGUGACGUUUUUAUUCGUGAGUUUGUCAUAUACGGCGGAAUGUGCCAUUGUCACAGCCUUCAUCACUUUCAUUCCCAAAUUUAUUGAAUCUCAAUUUGGUGUUCCAGCAUCUAAUGCCAGUAUAUACACAGGUCUGAUCAUCGUACCCAGUGCAGGUGUCGGUAUUGUUUUAGGUGGGUACAUCAUUAAGAAACUGAAGCUGGGUGAAAGAGAAGCAGCAAAGCUGGCCAUGAUCUGCAGCGGCGUGUCUUUGCUAUGCUUUUCCACUCUCUUCAUUGUCGGCUGUGAGAGCAUCAACCUCGGUGGAAUCAAUAUCCCUUACACCACCGGGCCAACGCUGACUCUGUCUCACCGAAACCUGACAGGAAGCUGUAACGUCAACUGUGGCUGUAGGAUUCAUGAGUAUGCACCUGUCUGUGGCUCUGAUGGCAUCACUUACUUUAACCCGUGUCUGGCUGGCUGCAGCAACAUCGCCAACCAAACCUCAGGAAUCAGAAACUAUUCGGACUGCGCAUGCGUUCAGAGCAGACAGGUGAUCACUCCGUCGGGAGGAAACCACGAGCUGCAGGUGGUGAUUGUGAAGACGUACCUGAACGAGAACGGUUACGCACUUGCAGGAAAGUGUGAGCGCACAUGUGGAACCCUCAUCACCUUCCUCAUCUUUCUCUUCAUCGUCACUCUCAUAACCGCCUGUGGUCAGCCGUCCGUCAUCAUCGUUACGCUCAGGUCAGUGGAGGAAGAGGACAGGCCGUUUGCUCUGGGAAUGCAGUUUGUUCUUCUCAGGACUCUUGCCUACAUCCCCACUCCUAUCUAUUUUGGAGCUGUGAUUGACACCACCUGUAUGCUGUGGCAGCAGGAUUGUGGUUUCCAUGGGUCGUGCUGGGAGUACGAUGUCACUUCCCUCCGCUUUGUUUACUUUGGGCUGGCAGCGAGCUUGAAGUUCCUGGGCUUCCUGUUCAUUUUCCUUACCUGGUAUUCGCUGAAGCGGUGCGAGGAGCAGACACACACACACACACACACGCUUUCCCCGCUGGACACGGUGAGCCACCUCAUCUGUCACGCAGGAGGUCACAAAGGCCACGCCCGCACACGCUCCUGUCCUGUCUUCCUGCCACGCCUGCCUGAACACUCCCAUGCUGCCAUGCCAACUGGACACGCCCUUAGCCGUGGUAACAGUUGCCCUGGCAAUGGCCUGAAAGCAAUAACUCCACCCAUACGGUCACUUGAAAAAGUGGCGGUGUGAGGAUUGCAGCCAUGCACACACAUAUAUACACACACACACACACACACAUACUUGCUCAUACACAUGCAUGCAAACAUCAUACAAUUAUGAGGGCCGAUUAUGUAAAUGGAAACGUACCACACCGCUUAUAGCCAUUGCUGGUGCCUUUUUUUUUUAAACACACACACACUUCAAAGACACAUUAUCACAGGAUUUGUGUAAAGCACUGAUUAGUAAUAAAACUUUUUUGACACAAUACCUCAGCAGGACGAAUACCUCAUCACAUACAAAUGCAGACAUGCUCGAACACAUAUAACAUGGUCAUCUCAUCUAGUUACCUACAGUAUAGUGUUAGUUGUGCACAUACUCUUGCUUCUCCUGUACAGCCAUUCAUUUUUCAACAGUGAAGGGAAAGAGACUG